GGCGAGGUUAGCGCGCGCUUCGAAACCGGACAACGACGACCGCCUGGAACAAAGAAAGUUUUAUUUCAUGAAAAAUCAGCGUCGCAAACGAUCAGAAGAUGGAAAACUCGCUGUUUGAAAUGUCCCUGAAGUUGUCCCAUAACCUAUGCGAUUGGAUGGAUGCUAUAGGUAUUUGUAGUCUAUGAUUACUUAGGGAUUAGAGACAUCAGCUAAGUUCACAUUCGAUUAAUCAAACGGACGAAUCAUUAACGUCAGUUCGUUUUGUCAGAUUGGAUCGAUCGAACGACGCGAUGUCGUUUUACCGUACCGUGCCAAUCUCGUUAGUCAUCAUCUUCUGCGCAAAGUAUUCGAUGGAAGUUUCGACUAGACGGUUAAAGAUCAAUAACGCGAUGCGUCUCGACCAUCCAAUAAAGGCACGAACGAUCAAAGUCCCACAUUGCGGAAAUCGAAUAUGAGAGAUCACCGGACGAGUUCCGCCAUUAACGAUCACUGCGGAGGAGUUUUCGCUGGAACGGAUAACUGUAAACCUUGAGAACGUCCCUUCGGCGCAAGCAGUGUCGCUUCUCGAAUGUUCUCCCCGAAAUGUCCUGCGGUUACAACACAAUUCGACGAAUCCUUCGCUUCAGUGAUCCUUGGAUACCUCGCGAUUGUGUGAGACGUGACUAUUAAUAGAAAUGAGAAUCAUGAGGCGAGAGCGUAUGGAGCAAGGUUGAUAAAAUCGCGGCUAAGAGAGAUUCCAGAGCCAAAUUGCAAGCUUGAUGCUGGACAUGUCGAGGCCGAGGCCAACCGAGUGGAGCCGAGCCAGAUCGAGCAGAGCCGAGCGGAGUCACGCUAACGAGCAGACGACGAGCGUGUUCGUUUCGUUUCAGCGCAGCGCAACGCGGCGCGGUACGACGCGGAUUCGCGAUAAAGCCGAGCAAAGCGGAUACGCCGCGUUCGCAGCGGAUGACGCGACUGCAGCUGCCCAUUCAGUAACGGACGCGCAUCAAGCGGACGUCGCCAAGUCCAAGUGGAAACACCUGCGCGACAACUUCCGGAACGAGCUGAAGAAAACCUACCGGGGUAAGUGCGACGGCAUCGGCGGCACCGAACACGACUCCAAAUGGGUCUGGUUUAAGAGUCUGUUCUUCCUGCGGGACCAAAUGAACUCCAGAGUGAUCGGUUGCGCCUUGUCGCAAAAUUGCGUAGGCGCAACAAUCGGGAUGCGUUCGUCACCGGAUGGCACGCAGAUCGAACCGCAGAUCGAUAUCCUCGAGGGUCACGAGGAGACGCAGUUCGACGACCUGGACGGCGACUCCUGCCAGUCGUUACUGUCCAACAACGACGGUCUGCAUCAAUUGAUACCACCGCCGAAACUGGACCAAGUACUAGGCCGGAAACGGAUGUUGAUGGAGACAAUCGACAACGAUUACUGCGCAGAAGUAGACGGUCGGAAGCGAUAUGAGCUACAGAAAAGGCUGGCGAUAGGUCCCGAGGACGAGGACGAUACCUAUCAUUUCCUUAUGAGUGUUCGAAAUCCUCUGAGAAGCUUGCCGCUCGACCGUCAGAUGUUCGUUCGACUUAAGAUCCAAGAGCUUGUCUACAACGAGAUCAACUCGCAGAAUCAACAUCAGCCGCAUACAAAUCGCGGUGUUUAUGACGCAUCUUCACAGGGACAAGACGUGAAGCCUCCGCGGUCUGGUAAUGGCGGCAACGGUGUCGUUGGCGGAGAUGUCAGCGAAAUGUCGAAUCCAGCGUCGCUGCUGCAGAAUUGCACACCUGAAGGCACCAGCGACAACGCCUAUAACUUCGGCUGACGACGGUUCGUCGUGGUUUAAAAUUCAUUUUUAAUAGGCGUAAGGAUAAUUAUAAUUUUACUAGAAAAUAAAAAUA